UUGAAAAAAGGACAAAUGGCAGAGAGCACACGCCCCGGUGCUGGUUUUCAGUUGAGUUCAGCGGACCAGGGAACCCAGCACAGUGGCCUCAAGAGCAAGGUAUUCACCCAUGGAGGUGGCACCGGGGGAAGCAUGGAUGGUGAGGUUGGAACAGGUCAUUCAGGCCAGCCACAGGUACCAGGUAGGCGUCACUGGGAUCCAGGGAGUGCCAGGACACAAAGAAACAAGAAGAUAAUUCCUGCCGACCACUGUGUCUGCCAUGAUGACAGUAACACCAGCAUUCAGGGGUUGGAGCCAAAGCACAGCAUUGCUGAUCAUCCCAUGGCAUCUCUCACACUGGUGGACAGGAGAGUUGUUCUGAGUGGUCUGUCUGGUGGAGGGUGGGGCUCGGCCGGAAAAUCCAUCCUAGGACCAGAACUGUUUCUGACCGGGUCUGGGUUUGAACCAGUCUCUGGGUCAGCAGAGUUGGAGGGUCAUCACAUCAUUGUGGCUGACACUCCAGGAGUCACAGGCAGAGAUACAGACGGAUGUCAGUUGGGUCAACGAUUCAGAAUCUAUGGGAGACCUGCUGAGACUGGACCUGGACCUGAACCCAGCUGUGUUUCCUUAAAGAGUGACCAGUCCAAAGAUUUUCCCAUUACCUUUAGAGGACAACAUCCCUCUACUGCAGAGAGAAUCUAUGGGAGACCUGCUGAACCUGGACCUGGACCUGAACCCAGCUGUGUUUCCUUAAAGAGUGACCAGUCCAAAGAUUUUCCCAUUACCUUUAGAGGACAACAUCCCUCUACUGCAGAGAGAGUUGAUCAGGAAAGCUCUGAGCUUCCCAGUGGUCAGUCUUCCCAGCAGCAUCAAAUACAGCUGGACUCCAUAUUUAUGCUGCUGGAGGACAACAUCAUCGCUUUUGUGAAAAAUGAGAUGAAAAAGCUCAAGAAGGUUCUGAAUCCAGAUUACCGAGAAUGCUUAGAGAGUCAGAUGGAAGAUGAGGAGAUGAUGGAGGGUGAGGAUGACAAGCAGAGGAGUAGCAGCAGACAGGCAUUUGUGAAGAUCACAGUGCACUUCCUGAGGAGAAUGAAUCAGGAGAAGCUGGCUGACCAUCUACAGAGUAAACUUUCUGCUCCAGUUCAUCAACAUAAGCUUAAAUCUGCACUGAAGAAGAAGUUCCAGUGUUUGUUUGAGGGGAUCGCUAAAGCGGGAAACCCAACCCUUCUGAAUCAGAUCUACACAGAGCUCUACAUCACAGAGGGAGGGACUGCAGAGGUCAAUGCUGAACAUGAGGUCAGACAGAUUGAAACAGCAUCCAGGAAACCAGACAGACCAGAAACAACAAUCAGACAAGAAGACAUCUUUAAAGCUUCAACUGGGAGAGAUAAACCAAUCAGAACAGUGCUGACAAAGGGAGUGGCUGGCAUUGGGAAAACAGUCUUAACACAGAAGUUCACUCUAGACUGGGCUGAAGACAAAGCCAACCAGGACAUCCAGUUCACAUUUCCGUUCACUUUCAGAGAGCUCAAUGUGCUGAAAGGGGAAAAGUUCAGCUUGGUGGAACUUGUUCAUCACUUCUUUACUGAAACCAAAGAAGCAGGAAUCUGCAGCUUUGAAGACUUCCAGGUUGUGUUAAUCUUUGAUGGUCUGGAUGAGUGUCGACUUCCUCUGGACUUCCACAAAACUAAAAUCCUGACCGACCCCAGAAAGUCCACCUCAGUGGAUGUGCUGCUGACAAACCUCAUCAGGGGGAAAUUGCUUCCCUCUGCUCGCCUCUGGAUAACCACACGACCUGCAGCAGCCAAUCAAAUCCCUCCGCAAUGUGUUGACAUGGUGACAGAGGUGAGAGGGUUCACUGAUCCACAGAAGGAGGAGUACUUCAGGAAGAGAUUCAGAGAUGAGGAGCAGGCCAGCAGGAUCAUCUCCCACAUCAAGACAUCACAAAGCCUCCACAUCAUGUGCCACAUCCCAGUAUUCUGCUGGAUCACUGCUACAGUUCUGGAGGAUAUGCUGAAAACCAGAGAGGGAGGACAGCUGCCCAAGACCCUGACUGACAUGUUCAUCCAUUUCCUGGUGGUUCAGGCCAAAGUGAAGAAGGUCAAGUAUGAUGGAGGAGCUGAGACAGAUCCACACUGGAGUCCAGAGAGCAGGAAGAUGAUUGAGUCUCUGGGACACCUGGCUUUUCAUCAGCUUCUGAAAGGAAACAUCAUUUUCUAUAAAUCAGACCUGACAGAGUGUGGCAUCGAUAUCAGAGCAGCCUCAGUGUACUCAGGAGUGUUCACACAGAUCUUUAGAGAGGAGACGCGGCUUUACCAUAACCAGGUGUUCUGCUUCGUCCAUCUGAGUGUUCAGGAGUUUCUUGCUGCUCUUCAUGUCCAUCUUACCUUCAUCAACUCUGAAGUCAAUUUGUUGGAGAAGCAACAAACAACCUCCAAGUGGUCUAAAUUAUUCAACAAACCGAAACAACAAUCUCUCCAUCAGACUGCUGUGGACAAGGCCUUACAGAGUCCACAUGGACAUCUGGACUUGUUCCUUCGCUUCCUUCUGGGCCUUUCACUGCAGACCAAUCAAACUCUACUACAAGGCCUGUUGACAGAGACAAGAAGUAGCUCACAGACUAAUGAGAAAACAAUCGAGUACAUUAAGGAAAAGAUCAGAAGUAAUCUGUCUGCAGAGAAAAGCAUCAAUCUGUUCCACUGUUUGAAUGAACUGAAUGAUCGUUCGCUGGUGGAGGAGAUCCAACAGUCCCUGACAUCAGGACACCUUUCCACAGAUAAACUGUCUCCUGGUCAGUGGUCAGCUCUUGUCUUCAUUUUACUGUCAUCAGAAGAAGAUCUGGAUGUGUUUGACCUAAAGAAAUACUCUGCUUCAGAGGAGGCUCUUCUGAGGCUGCUGCCAGUGGUCAAAGCCUCCAACAAAGCUCUACUGAGUAAGUGUAACCUGACAAAGAAAAGUUUUGAUGCUUUGUCCUCACUUCUCGGUUCCCAGUCCUCUAGUCUGAAAGAGCUGGACCUGAGUAACAACAACCUCCAGGAUCAAGGAAUAAAGACUCUGUCUGCUGGACUGCGGAAUCAACACUGUAAACUGGAAAUUCUCAGAGUGAAUGACUGUUACUUAGACAGAUGCUGGGAAGCUCUGUCCUCAGUUCUCAGCUCCCAGUCAUCUAGUCUGAGAGAACUAGAUCUGAGUAACAAUGAUCUGCAGGAUUCAGGAGUGAAGCUUCUGUCUACUGGACUCCAGGAUGAACACUGUAAACUGGAAACUCUCAGACUGAGUGGCUGUACACUCUCACAGAGAAGCUGUGAAACACUGUCCUUAGUUCUCAGUUUUAAGCACUCUAGUUUGAGAGAGCUGGAUUUGAGUAACAAUGACCUGCAGGAUUCAGGAAUGAAGCUUUUGUCUGUUGGGCUGCAGAGUCCACACUGUGGACUGGAAACUCUCAGACUGAGUGGCUGUAACCUCUCAGAGAAACGGUGUGAAGCUUUGUCCUCAGUUCUCAGCUCCCCAUCCACUACUCUGAUGGAGCUGGACCUGAGUAACAAUGACCUUCAGGAUUCAAGACUGAAGUUUCUGUGUACUGGACAGCAGGGUCAACACUGGAAACUGAAGACUUUAAGACUGAGUGACUGCAACCUCUCAGAGAGAAUCUGUGAAACUCUGUCCUCAGUUCUCAGUUCGCAAUCCUCUAGUCUGAGAGAGCUGGACCUGAGUAAUAACGAUCUGCAGGAUUCAGGCGUGAGGCUUCUGUCUACUGGACUCCAGGAUGAACACUGGAAACUGGAAACUCUCAGACUAAGUGGCUGUAGGCUGUCAGAGAGAAGCUGUGAAGCUUUGUCCUCACUUCUUACUUCCCAGUUCUCUAGUUUGAGAGAGCUAGAUCUGAGUAACAAUGACCUGCGGGAUUCAGGAGUGAAGCUUCUUUCUUUUGGACUGCACAGUCCACACUGUCAACUGAAAACUCUAAGCUCCCAAUCCUCUAGUCUGAGAGAGUUGGACCAGAGUAACAAUGACCUCCAAGAUUCAGGAGUGAAGUUUCUGUCUGUUGGACUGCAGAGUGCACACUGUAAACUUCAGACUCUUGGUCUAUCAGGCUGUCAGAUCACAGAGGAAGGCUGUACUUCUCUGGCUUCAGCUCUUAGUUCUAACCCCUCCCUUCUGAAAGAGCUGGACCUAACCUACAAUCAUAGAGGAGACUCAGGAAUGAAGCUGCUGUCAGCUGGACUGAAGGAUCCACGUUGGAGACUGGACACUCUCAGGGUGGAGCCUGCUGGAGUCCAAUGGUUGAGAGCCAAAGAUCUGAGGAAGGAUUCCUGUCAACUCACAAUCGACACAAACACAGUCAAUAGAUACCUGAAACUGUCUGACAACAACAAGAAGGUGACAUGCGUCUGGGAACGUCAAUCAUAUCCCGAUCAUCCACACAGAUUUGAUCCCAGGUAUCAACUGCUGUGUAGAAAUUGUCUCACUGGUCGCUGUUACUGGGAAGUGGAGUGGAGAGGAAAUGUUUAUAUAUCAGUGAGUUACACAAAAAUCAAAAGGAAAGGAAAAAGUAAAGACGGUUUGUGUGGAUGGAAUGAUCAGUCCUGGAGUCUGUACUGCACUGACGAUGCUCCUCGUUUUGUUAGGCACAAUAAGAUAAGAACAUUCAUCUCCUCCUCCUCCUCAGUCUCUAAUAGAGUAGCAGUGUAUGUGGACUGUCCUGCUGGCACUCUGUCCUUCUACAGAGUCUCCUCUGACACUCUGAUCCACCUUCACACCUUUAACUCCACAUUCACUGAACCUGUUUAUCCUGCGUUUGGUUUUUGUUCUGGAUCCUCAGUGUUUGUCUGCUGAGUGUCACCCUGUUAGAGAAACACUCUGGCUGUUGAACAGAUAGUUCAGUCUGUAGAUGUGUGUGUCUUUCACUCAGAGACAAUUUUUCAAUCAGUUAAUGAUUUAAUCUGUUCCAAAUGAUUACUUAUGAAGCUACUAGAGGUGGGGUCAGGCACUGAGGAUCCAAACCCUGUUUCAUUCUAUUGAAGAAGACUGGUUUGAAACACUGUAUGACAUCCCCAUGACGAAUAAUGUUUGAGGCUUCGUACUUCACAAUGAAGACACUGAAAGUAAGGUGACUGAUUCAACCUGAUCUCCCACAAUAAUUUAUAAUUACUCUUGUGUUGAAUUUGGAAUAAACAACAUGUGUGAAUCAUUGGAAA